AUGGCAGAGGUACCAACCACCGCAUGGGGAAGGUUCAAGCAAAGCAAGACUAAAGUUGCGUUACUUGUGACAUCUGUUACACUCGUUGUGCUAGCAGCUAUUAUUGUUCCAUUAAUUGUGUGUGGGUUGAUUGCAAAGCAAGAUAAUCAUGAAUCAAAUGAUAGCAAGCAUCGAAUUAUUACUCCUGGUUCACCUGAAUACCGAGAUCCAUUUGAUGAUUCAGCCCGGGCUCAUGAAUUUACACCACCGUUGAAAGAGAAAUUUCGAUACAAUUCAGGUGAUGCAGUACGCGGUAUUAAUCUUGGUGGCUGGCUUGUACUUGAACCUUUUAUUACACCCAAGAUUUUUGAACAAAAUUCAUCCAUCAAGGACGAAUAUCAUCUCUGCCAGUUCUUGGGCCCUGAAGAAGCCAAAAGACAACUCAAGGAACAUUAUGAUACAUUCAUCACCGAAGCCGAUUUCAAAAAGAUUGCCGAAAUGGGUUUUAAUCAUGUAAGAAUUCCAACUGGUCACUGGGCAAUUCAAGUCACUCCUGAGGAGCCGUAUGUGGCAUUUGAAUCCUGGCAGUAUUUACUCCGCGGUAUUCAAUGGGCUCGUAAAUAUGGAUUGAGAGUGAUGGUUGAGCUCCAUACUGCCCCUGGUUCUCAAAAUGGCUGGAACCAUUCUGGUAGAGCUGGUCAAAUCGGUUUCUUAAACGGUACCCAUGGUGAAGAGAAUGCUCAAAGAACGCUUGAAAUCACAACUGAAAUGAUUCGAUUCUUUUCUAAACCCGAGUGGUCGAACGUUGUUCCACUAUACGGUGUCUUAAAUGAGCCUGCUAUGAUGAGUAUUCCCGAAGAAAAAGUAAAAGGUUGGUAUGAAAAGUCCUAUACUGCUAUCAGAAAACUGUUAGGUGCUGGUCUUGGUCCACUAUUGACUUAUCACGAUGGUUUUUACCCUCUUAAAAGCUGGAAUGGUUUCUUUGGAAAGCUUUAUGAACGAGUGAUGUUAGAAACUCACUUGUACAUGAUUUUCAAUGAAUACUUGGUAGCCUUGCCAAGAGAUGAACAAGCUGAAUUCCCAUGUACUUCCUGGAGAAGUGAUCUCAACGAUGCUGCCAAAAAUGCUGGUCCUACUAUGGUUGGUGAAUUUUGUAUUGCUACCAAUGACUGUGGUAAAUAUUUGAAUGGUGUCGGUCUUGGUGCAAGAUACGACGGCACAUUAAAACAAGAUGACGACUCGCCCAGUAAACCCGUCUGCCAUAAUUGUACCUGUGCUGGUGUGGAUGACUGGAAAACGUGGACACCUGAAUAUAAGGAAUUCUUAUUGAAAUUUAUGGAAAAGCAAAUGGAUUCAUACGAAGCAAGUGUUGGUUGGUUUUACUGGACAUAUAAGACAGAAGAUCAUAUUAAUCCACAUUGGGACUAUUUAUUGGCUUGGGAACAAGGAUUUGCACCUAAAAAUGUAAAUCUUCGUACAAAUCAUUGCGAGGCUCCCAAGUCUUCAACUUUGGCUGCCAACCCUACAUAG